GAGAUCGAAUUGCAGAGAAAAUUAAUGAUAUUGAUUCAAGCACCUUUAGUUUUCUUGGGCCCGUGUUUGUAGGCCGAGGCACCUUUCACGCUAGCCUCUGACGUCACUGCGAAUGACGAACUACGGUUGCGAAAUCGUGGAACAUUCGUGCGUCCUAUUCAAAACCUCAGUCAACACAUUGAAACACCCAAUCGUCCCUCAUACACUUACACAAACCGCGUUCACACCCUUAAGACAAACCCUCUAGAACGCAAUGGCUUCCCGCGCCCUAGUCUCCCUGCGCCUCCGCACACCUUUCCUCAACACUACACGCCGCACCCUCUUCACAACACCACGCAUGCUCAUCAAGGAGGACGCCGACCGGUCACCAGAGCAAGUUGAGAAAGCCAAGCAAGAACAGUUGAAGGAGCAGCAGCAGGGUCAGGGACGAUGGCGCGAGGAUCUAGCAAGCAGUGGCGAAAGCAACAUCGCAGCAGACAAGGAAAAGGUGAACGAUCACCAAGAUCAUAUACAGAAGUUGCAGCAGGAAACUAAGAACAAGGGGGAGAAGGGGGAGAUCUGAAAAGAAGUUCUCUCGGUAACGACGCUCUGCAAUUGCCGAGUGGCUUCAAGACUUGAUGAUCAAUUAGCAAUGUUUUGCAUUCUCAUUUCAUGAUCAAUAUUAAGGAGCGGGGUUAAAUUGGGUCUGGGGAUGAGCUAGAG